GCACUGGCUGCUCCCUCCGCAGGUAAGGGAGGGGGGAAGGCCGAGUGCAGAAGCCGCUUAGACCUCCAUCUCCGCGCCAGGGUGUCUGCGGGUGGUGGCGCUUCGCUGCAUGCUCCCAUAUUCCAAACGUCAUGCUGGGUGGCCAGUGACCCGCGGCGUCAUCUCGCAGACCUCGCCCCGCCCGACACUGCGUGCCUGCGGAGACCCUUGCCCCACGUCCCAAAGGGCCGCCUCGUGACGGGCGGCGACCGAUGCUGCGCGGGAGUGCGGCCGCGGUUUCGCUCGGCUCUGCAGCGUCGCGCAGGCGCUCGGCGCGAAAGAAGCCGCUGCCCCGGCCCGCACGAAGCCCUCACGAGAGAUGGAUGUUGACCUCCUUGCCGAGCGAAGGCAAUUGCCGCCGCCAAGCUGCGCGUGCGAUCGGGCCCCGCGCUGCCGCUCCGCCGUGGCGUGAGAAGACGAGGAAGCCAGGAGGUCUGAAUGCCGGGCAACUUGGCCGCACGUGACCUGCCCCGCCCCGCCCGGCCUGGCACAGCGUCCUGGGAUGCCAUCAGGUGCUCGCAUGCCCCAUCAGGGGGCUCCAAUGGGUCCCCCAGGCCCCCCCUAUGUUGGGAGCCCUUCUGUGCGCCCCGGGAUGCCCCAGGCCGUGAUGGAGCCAACGCGCAAGCGGGCAGCCCCACAGCAGGCCCCGCAGCAGGCAGCCCAGCAGCAGCAGGCGGCAGCAACAGCUCAGAACCGCCCCAGGAGUGCCAAGAGGAGGAAAAUGGCUGACAAAAUACUCCCUCAGAGGAUCCGGGAGCUAGUACCUGAGUCUCAAGCCUACAUGGACCUCUUGGCUUUCGAGCGUAAGCUGGAUCAGACGAUCAUGCGAAAGCGAGUGGACAUCCAGGAGGCCCUGAAGAGACCGAUGAAGCAAAAGCGGAAGCUGCGGCUCUACAUCUCCAACACCUUCAACCCUGCCAAAUCGGAUGCUGAUGAUUCAGAUGGCAGCAUAGCCUCUUGGGAGCUGCGUGUGGAGGGCAAACUCCUUGAUGAUCUCAGUAAGCAGAAGAGGAAGUUUUCCUCUUUCUUCAAGAGUUUGGUCAUUGAACUGGACAAGGAUCUGUAUGGACCAGACAAUCAUCUUGUGGAGUGGCACAGGACUCCCACCACGCAGGAGACAGACGGUUUCCAGGUGAAGAGGCCAGGGGAUGUCAGUGUGCGCUGCACCCUCCUGCUCAUGCUGGAUUACCAGCCCCCCCAAUUUAAGCUCGAUCCCCGCCUGGCCCGCCUCCUGGGGAUCCACACACAGACACGCUCUGCCAUUAUCCAAGCGCUGUGGCAGUACAUCAAGACGAACAAAUUGCAGGACUCCCAUGACAAAGAAUACAUCAGUUGUGACAAAUACUUCCAGCAGAUCUUUGAUUGCCCACGGCUAAAGUUUUCUGAAAUCCCACAGAGGCUGACUAACUUGCUGCUGCCGCCAGAUCCCAUCGUCAUCAACCAUAUCAUCAGCGUGGACCCCAACGACCAGAAGAAAACAGCUUGCUAUGACAUCGACGUGGAAGUGGAAGAUCCCUUGAAGGGGCAAAUGAGCAGCUUCCUUCUCUCGACAGCAAAUCAGCAAGAGAUCACAGCCCUGGACAAUAAGAUUCAUGAAACAAUCGAAUCCAUCAACCAGUUAAAGAUACAGCGAGAUUUUAUGCUGAGCUUCUCGAAAGACCCCAAAGGGUACAUCCAAGAUCUUCUUCGAUCCCAGAGCAGGGAUCUCAAGGUGAUGACAGAUGUGGUGGGGAACCCUGAGGAGGAGCGGAGGGCAGAGUUCUACCAUGAGCCCUGGUCCCAGGAGGCUGUGAGCAGGUACUUCUACUGCAAGGUAAGAAGUGGGCUGGAGGCAGGCUGGGCUGGCGGGAGGGGGUGCCCUCCUUGCCCCCCACCCCCACUAUGUCUCCUUUUGCUCUUUCAGAUCCAGCAGCGCCGGCAAGAGUUGGAGCAGAGUCUGGGUGUGCGCAACACAUAAAUGGCUGGCGCACAGCCUUGCUGGCUUACUCCCGAGCUGAGCCAGUGGACUGAUCAGUGUUCUGUAGCUCCUUGUCCCAUAGAGUGUGGACCUGCUUUGUGAUUGGUCAAGGAAACUCCCACCCGCAGCAUGAGCGUUGCCAGCUUUGGAGUGUGUUUUGCCUCAUAACCUUCCUGUUGCUCAGACCGUUCCAGGCCAGAAGGUGGCAAAGGUCUCUCCUCACAUUGGUCACACACGUGUUUUGUUGCUGGAGAAUGAAGCCCCCCUCCCCCCUCCCCCCAUGGCACACAGGAAUUGCUUCAGACUCAAACUUGAAAGGGACAAGGGGCUGAGCAGCCCAGAGGUUUGGCCUGAUGCUCCCAAAUCUCUCUCUGGGCCUCUGGAUUCAUGGUGCACUGCUCUCAGGUGGCCUCACUUUGUGCCCCUGUGCUGGGCUACUUGUGGCAGCUGAUGGAGGCUGCAGAGAGACCUGGAAGUGGGUGCUGCAGCCCUCACCUGGAUGGCUGUGGGGAGUAGAGCCUCCUGGGCAGAGCCCUCUUGUGCAAAUCUGCCUCUUGGUUCCAGGCUGUUCAUCCUCCGCUUGUUCCUCUGGCAAGGCCGAAGACGGGCAAAGAGGCAAGGGGUCUGGCCCCUCCCUCUACAAGCCCCCACCCAUUUCCCCCGAUGGUUGUCAGACAAGGCUUGCCCUGGCCUUUCUCCCUAUUGGCACAAGGUGGGUGCUGUGGCAGUCCAUACCAGUUCCCAGGGUUGCCACCCAGCAAGUGUCACAUGUGAAGCCCGGUUUUGUGGGGAGGGGGGAUUCCAGAUCUCCUCCCCCGAGUGUCUUCCUGCCUUCUUCAUGAGCAAGACAGUUAUUUCUUUUUGAAAUUUGCUGCUACGGCAGAGGUGGGCAUUAAGCCCCUCCUGGUCUUGCCAGGAAGGCUGCCACUACUCCCUUUGCUUUGGGCCAGCACAGCCAGGCUGUCUUAAUUUAUCCUUCACCAUUCGGGCAUGUCUGCUCCACGGCAGAUGGAGCUGGGACGCUCGCCUGCCUGCCCAAAGUCUUGCUUGACGCUUCCUGUUGUAACCAUCAGCAAACCAGUGUCUCUUGCUGUGGCUGAUGGAACCUGAGCUCUUGGGGCCUGUUUGUGGGACAUGCAAAGCUACCCCUGAGGGGUGCAAGGUGGGGCCAUGGUACAGCAAAGGGCUGCCCUUCUUCCCUUUGUCAGCUGGGUCACGUGCUGAGUGAAGCAAAGGCAGCAAGACCAUAGAGAGACUGAGCACAAGAUGCCGGUUCCCAAAUCCCAGAUGUCGUGUGGAGAUGUACACUCAUUUUGCUGCUGCCCCUCUCCCCCCUACCAAUUAGGAGGGCUAGGGCUGGACUUCAGGGGGUCCUUGGCAGGUGGCUGCUGGUGGGCCCCCAAUUCCCCCCUACCUGGCCGUGAGUAUGCAGUGUUCUUCCUGCUGCUGCAGCACCUCCCACCCACCCACCCACCCACCCACAUAGCUGCUGCCUGCCCCCAAUGGCAUUUUAAGGAUGGGUGGUUGGUUGGUUGGGUGAGUGGUGCUGCCACUUUUAAAGUAUCUUUAUUGUUAUGGUCAAUGACCAGCAUGGUGCCACUUUUAAAUAGGAACUAAGCUUGGCUGUCCUCUGUGCUAGCUGACUGCCAUCUUAAUUUACCCCAAACACAGUGACCCCAGCUCUGUAAAAAGCUCUAGAUUUUAUAUAUCUGUAAGCUGUAGCAUUGCAUUUUGGGUGAACUAAGAUAGCGGCUGUGGUCAUUGCAGCUGAGCUUUGUUCCCUUUCCAAGUGGUGCCGUACCUCCACCUCAGGCUGGUGAGGGGCCCUUAUGAGCCCAAGGGGCUCUUGGCCCAUGCCUAUGCUGGCCUAUUGCUGGUACUGGGCCUGCCUUUUGCAUCUCCUCCCAAACAAAAAAAAACUACCCCCCCCAGUGCUGGGAUUACUGCCCCAUUUGCUGCCAAGAUGAGGCAUAUGGAUGCCAUGGUGCCAACUGUUCCCCAGCUGCAUGAGCAAUGAUGGUUCCAUUCUGUAUGUGUGGCACAAGCAGGUAGUCUGGGACAAGAGGAGCCUGCCCAACCUUCUUUGUUGCAGCUUUGCAGACCAUGGCUGGGGCUCUGGCUGGCUCCUCACUGGUGCCCUGAGCUGUUCUGGCUUCAGCUCAGCCGAUUCUGCUCUUGAUCCAGGGCAGCCUGGCACCCCCAGAGAGACCUGCACAACGUGGAGUUUCAGUAGGAAGACACAAAGCUAGACUGAAGAUGAGGGUGCUCCUGUGUGGCCUUUUCAGCCUGGUGCUUUCCUGUGGAUAGGCCAGAUAUGGGGGCCAUAGCUCAGUGCCAGAGCACUGCUUGCCUGCAAAAGGCUCCUAUUCAAGUCUUUGUCACCUCUGCUUGGCCUGGGAAAGACCUCCCCCUAAACCCCUGGAGGGUGAAGUCAGUGUUGAGCUGAGUGAACUGAUGGGCUGAGAUGCGAUAAGGCAGCUUCCGUACCUUCCACUGCCCCCCCCCGGCCACUAUCAAAGCUGAAUGGCUCCAUUUCUAAAUGUGUGGAUGUCAUUUUUGUGGCUGUGCAGUAGCUGUGAGCCUCCCUUGGACACUCCAGUGACGAAGAGGUCACAAUCUAGUGGGGUGUGGUGUUGAUUGGCUGAAGCUGGCAGUGACUCUGGCACUUUGUGGCGUUUGCAGGGGAAAGAGGGAUCCUUUGCAUGGCCCAAAAGCCCAGAUUGGAAUGCUUUUGGCAGAGGCCGGGUGUCAUUUUGCCAACCCCCACCAGAGGGCAGGGCUUGUGUGGUUUGUGCUGUUAUUUGGCUAAGAAUUUGCCCACCUGUGCUGCCACCUCCUCCAACCAAUGCAGGACGCUCAAGCACUAUUUGACACCGUAGGGUGAGGGGAUCACGUGGCUGGUUGUUCCCUUUUCCCUGGUACAGACUGGGCUCUCUUCUAACCCCUUCUUGCCCAGGGGCUGGUGCUGCAUGGCAAAACUCCUGGGGGGAGGGCAGCUGCCCAACCUGCCUCGACAGAGGCUUCAAAGAAACCCGCACCAUGUCUAAAUCAGCAGGCUGGUAUGUCCUUGGAGCAGUUGCAUGAGCAGGCUCUAUGUGGCACUCUGCAGCUUGAAAGGGUCAGUGUGUUGGCAGAAGACGGUGAGAGGAGGCACGCCUGGCUAAAGAGAGAGAUUACCUCCCUGGAGCAACAACAGAUGGGUGGCAGGGAGGGGGUUAAGGGGCAUGUGGCUUAUAGCUGGUCUUGAUCCUCUGGCAAAUGCAAAAUACUUUCAAUGUCCUCAAUCCCUCCCUUGUGUUCAACUCAGUCCAACUUCAGUCUUGGGAAAGGUGUUCUAGAACAGCUCCCAGAGAAGAAGAGGCAAACACUAACAGCAGCAGCAAAGGAGCAGCCUGGCCUCCAAGUGACAUCGAGUCCCUCCUCUUUGCAGCUCUAUGCCAGCUGUAGGGGGGCCAUUUGGAUCUUGCAUGCAUGUGCUUGCAUCAGAGUAGCAGACUUUGCAGAAGAGCGGCAGCCAGAAAAGUGGCCAGCAGUCAAGACACCCUAAUCAUGGUCUGCCCCAAAUCAUGCCCAGCUCCAGGUCUCUUAGAGGGAAAGCUAAUGUCAACAAGUACUGCUUCAGCUGAGGCACUGACUGCCACUGGACUGCUCCACUACAGAGCUGGCACCAUCCGCAAAGCAUGAUGGCCAAUGAAACCAUCUCUGUACUGUACUGAUAGAGGGACAGGUAGGGGAAGACCUUUGUAGCUUGGUGGAUAAUAGUGUCAAAGACCACCCACUUGGCAAAUUUAGCAAAAUACAGGGGGUUAUAGUUAAUACACACACACUUGCCUAUGCCAAACUGGGCACCGCUGCCACAUCAACCCAGCCAGGACCGAAGGGGGUCAGUUAGGAACCUGGAAGGGUUCCCUCCCUGGUGCAAUGAGCCAAGGAUUACACACCACAGGUCCACCAGGUUGGCUAUAAGAAGCACACAAUAAUUCCCAGGCUCAGUGGCCUGUGAGUGGAAGCACCUGCAACGCCUCCAUGGCAGCUGCUUGCAGAGGGGGCCUGUGGGGGGGGGGUGGAAGAGGCAAAGGCAGAGACUGCGCUCCACUUCCCCCUUCUACAUCCACAGGGAGCUGUUUUACCAACAGCCUUUCUUCAAAUGUUGUUGGUUGUGGGCAAGAUGUUGCCCAUAGGCAAAAGCCCCCCCCCCAAGCUGGGGGUGGUGUGGAAAGAAAAGCAGAUUCUGUUCCUGAGAAGGAAAUCCCAUUUCUAUAACUAACUGCUCUGUUCAUCUCCAGUUUCAGUGUCUCUUAACAAGUCAUUUUGGAGGAGUGGCAGCAGUGAUGCUCAUAAAUCCUCCCCUGCACCAGUACCCACUUGGGCACCUAUCCUUGGAAAGUGGAGGGUGGGGGGGGGGAGAGGAAGGCACAAACUCCCAUCAUCUGUCCUCAGUGGCUGUCCAUGUCUUUGUUGUUCGGUGCUGAGUGAUUUGUAGAAAAGCUUUUAAAUAAUAAAGAUUUUG